AUCUUGACAACACGACUUUCUGGGAGGAGAGCCGCAAGAGGAGGGGUGAUUAAGGCAUUUUCAUCGUUUUGGUGUGAAUGAAUUUUAGCAUUUUGGAAUCUAAUUUGAGGUGGUGGAAAGUGCAGGAUUCUACGGACUACGCUGACGAGGCGUAAUCCACAAUUUCUUGAUUUUGGUGAAAACUGUGUGGCACCGUAUCUACCUAAGUCCAAGCGAUGACCACAGAGAACGGUACUUACCAGCCAGAGGACGACCUAGACGACACCUUUGAGCAGGACCUACGGGACAUGCUGAGGGACGGCCCAUCCUUGUCUGACGCGGCAGCAACCAUCCAGAGUGGCACUUCAGCCCACCGAAGCAGCAGCGGUGGGAGCGGUGGUGGCAGCAACAGCGGCGGAAACAGCAACAACGGCAGUGGCGGUCAGUUUACAGGCGUAGACCUGUCUAGUCCCCAGAAGUCACCCAUGUCAUCACCACCUCAACCCAGGCUUAUCCAAAACCCCACCGUGGGCAGCCGUCUGGCUCAGCCUUCCAGAGGGGCGGAAGAAAAUCAAAAUGACCAACCACCAUCUACUGAAAAACCGACUGUCCGAACAGCAGCCCCUGCUGCUGCUGUGCAACCUGCUGUCCAGCCUGUGGCUACCAUGCCGACGGCGCAGACAACACCUGUCGGGAAGCCCAUGACCGGUAUUGGCAAUACCACUUUCACCAGCACGCCGCCGGCCCCCGGGCAGACAACAGACCAGGUGUCCACCUCCGUCAUGGCCAAGGCUAAGUUGGACAGCUUGAAGAGCUGGAGUAUCUCCACCUACAAGUGCACACGCCAGCUGGUGCAGGAGAAGCUGGGCAAGGCAUCCAGGACGGUGGACCUGCAGCUGGAGGCUCAGAUUGAGGUCCUGCGAGACACGCAGCGCAAGUAUGGCAACAUCAUGAAGCUGGCCCGGGUGUUGACCAACCACUUCUACCAGGUUGUCCAGACGCAACGAUCCCUUGGUGAUGCCUUUGCCGAGCUGGCCCAGAAAUCCACGGAGCUGGCCGAGGAGUUCAACUACAACGCCGAGACACAGAAGUCACUGUGCACCAACGGCGAGACCCUGCUGGGUGCGCUCACGUUCUUCACGUCCAGCGUCAGCACGCUGUGCAACAAGACUAUGGAAGACACUCUGCUGACUGUCAAGCAGUACGAGUCGGCCAGGGUAGAAUAUGAUGCUUACCGGGCCGACCUGGAGAGUUUACAGUUAGCCCCCAAGGACGCCUCGACUCAGGCCAGGCUACAUGAUGCCCGAGUCAAGUACGAAGGCCAGAAGGAGAGAUUUGACAAGCUCAGGCAGGAUGUGGCCGUCAAAUUGAAAUUCUUGGAAGAGAACAAGGUGAAGGUGAUGCACAAACAGCUUCUCCUCUUCCACAACGCCAUCUCCGCCUACUUCUCGGGCAACCAACAGGCCCUGGAGGCCACCCUCAAGCAGUUCAGCAUACGGCCCAAGUCGGCCAACGAGCUCAAGCCCUCCUUCCUGGAGCAGUGAGUUGCGGCCAAGGAUCUCAAAGACAUCAUUCUUGCGCAAUAGAACUCGCCGUGAUAUAAAUACACUUUUAAACUCUCAAAAUAAUCAUUACAGAAAUCAUUACAGUUUAUUUAUGCCUGUUUGCUUUGCUUGUCGGUAAAUUUUGUUGCUCCAAAAAUCAGGGGAUUUUGGUCAGAUUGACUGGGUUUUUGAAUAUUUUGGUGGAGGCACUCAGGAGCGAUAGCUGUAAACAGAGGGGUCUAUGAAAAUGUUAUAAUGCCUUUUGGAAGUUGAAAUCAAUUGUGACCUGGAAUUUUCCAGUUGCAGAUUAGGACCUCUUUACAUUUGAAAUUUAGUUACAGGAUUCCUAGCGAGAAGUAAGUAGAACGUGUUGGCUCCAGGCGGUCAGUUGGCACAGUACAUGGAAAUACCAUGUAAUGACAUGACACGUUGGUUGUUUCUUAUCUGAGCGCUUAUUUCCAGUACAGUGGAAGGGCUUUGUCCCCUGUCACACGAAGGAGCUGGCCACUGCUGUACACUGCCGCAAAGUGGUCCAGGGUAUUCAUCCUUAACCCUCCUAUGCUGAAGUCACUCUUUGGGUCACUUGGUAAACACCUCAAAGAAGCACAGCUGUGUCAUGUGCA